AUGCUGCUCGGUCUGCCGCUCUUUCGACCCAAAGAGCAAUAUGCCCCACUCUCAUUGGUCGAUCUGACCCUCUUCCUGGCGACAACGGCAUAUAACCUCGUCAGGGCGGCAGCUCCGUCCGUGCUACUCGACGCUUUCCUGACCACUUGCCUCUAUGUGAUCUACAUCCUGCCCUUCGAGCUGGCAAUAGAACGGUAUUAUCGACGGCAGAGAAACUAUCCCGCCAAGCUUUCGCUCUUGCAAGACUUGGCGAUCAGGAUCGUAAGGCUGGCAUUUGCCUAUUAUGACACGAGCAUUGGGAGGCUGUUCUUUUCCGAAAAGAACAUUAUCGCGCUACACAAACGAAGGAUGGGUGGCAGAGGAGCGUUCGAUAGAAACAUCGCCCUCUAUAGAGAUGCCGACGUACAGGGAUACUGGAUUGCACCUGGCCGGGCGCAAAAACUUGCCCGGGGCGAAGCGAUAGGCCAUAAUGGUUUCACACUGAUGUACAUACAUGGUGGCGGCUUCACGCUGGCAUCGCCCGCCUUCUACCUGGAAUUCUUGCUCAGAAUUUGUGAAGAGCUGUCAAAGUCAGGCAUAGCCAGCCCGGCAAUCUUUGCGAUAAGCUAUACCCUGGUACCAGAAGGUCGCUUCCCGACCCAACUGAGCGAGACUGCCAAAGCAUGGCAAUAUCUCUGUCGUCAUUCUUCAGUCGACACGACUCGCUUAGGUCUCGCAGGCGAUUCUGCCGGCGCAUGUCUAUCUCUCAGUCUGAUGCUCUACCUGCGAGAAGAUUCUGACGAAAGGGUAGCAUAUCCAACCUAUGCAGACUCGUCAUCUGACGAUGCCACUGUCGUACAAGGUUCAGUCGAUAGACGAGCAAGGUUCCCAAUAUACCCACCUGUCCUGCCAGAAAAUCAGAGGAUACCCAAGCCCAGCCAUGCUAUACUCAUUUCCCCCUGGGCUUCACUGACGACUUCGAUCAGCCAGGAUCCCAGCAUUCGAGCUCACACUGCAACCGAUUUCAUCGACCCACAGCGAUUAGCACACUUUGCCAGACUGUAUUCGUGCGCUCAAAAGACUCCCGCAAGAGCUGGCGUCAUGCGUUUCCUCAAGGCGAAGACCAAGUUUCUCUUCCCAUCGUUUCCACUUCUGCCGCCUUUCCUAUCACCCAUGCAGUCCCGUUCGAGCAGUGUGCGCAGACCGCAUAGGAAUGGUCAUCACAAAUCGGGUACACGAAGUCGGCAGAGGAGCGGCGAGAAGCAGCUGAACGGACGACCGUCACAGCAGAGCACCCCCCAAUUAGGCAAUGGCUCCAGUAGUCGCAGCAGGAUCAGAGCGGGAAAGAAUGGCAAACUCAGGGGAGAAGACUAUGACGACCUAUCUGUGAUAUUGCGACACGUCGAGCACUGUCGCCUGAACCCGCUCCUCUCACCUGGCGAUUGCACAGACCAGUCGUGGUGGACGCGGUCAGCUCCGACAAAAGGCACGCUCAUCCAAUACGGCUCGAGCGAAGUGCUGUCAUCCAACAUAGACAUUCUCGCCGAUCGACUGCGAGCCGAUAUCUACGGCGGUGGAGAAGUGAUCCUAUCGAGCCGACCUUUGCCGCACGCCUGGCCGCAGCUGCUUCACUAUCUAGGCGCGACAUCGGCAGAGAGAGCGUCGGGAAUCAAGGAGAUCGCAGCGUUUAUCCAGAUGCACUUGUAA